UUAUUCUUCUUCUCCUCUAACACAAAAUCCCACACGAGUUUCCUUCAGGUACGAUAAUUCCCAAGUGUAACCCUCAUUACUGAUUACAUUAAUACUUUACUGAAUCCCACUGGAGUUUCACCCAGAUUUCUCUCCAUUCCAAUUUCCCUCCCUAUUUAUAGAAACACUAACAUCACCGAUCCACCGCCGAGAAAAAACUUGAUCAAAUUCGACAUCAUCCUCACUCUCGCAGGCGAUUCACUUUCCAAUUCAUUUAGAAGGGUUUGGAUCCUUCUGAAAACAGGGGGGCUUUCUUCACAUUUUCUGCGUGCGAUCACAGAAGAGAUAGUUUGGGGGGAAAAUGGAGUCGGGAGAGGGCACCAAACGAAACCCUUUGAAGAGAACCUUCGAACAGUUCAUCUCUUCUUCCAUCCCUGUCCCUCAAUCAUCCUCCAUGGAUUGCGAUGAUGAAAGCCAUCAAGUGAAGGGGUUGUAUGAAUUGGCAAUGGCUAGGAAUGUCGUGGCAGUUUCGAAAGCUGGGGUAGCCAAAAUGGUGGCUCUGAUGAUGAUCAAACAGAUUGGGGAAGCUUUGGUGGAUAGCAAUGGCGAUAAGAAGCUCAUAGCUUUCUUGACACCCACUGUUGAUCUUGUUCACAAGCAACAUAAGGAGAUAAAAUCUCACACAAAUCUUCGGGUGGAAGCUUAUUUUGGUGCUAGAGGCGUCGACGGGUGGGAUGCUGAUGCAUGGGCGAAGGAAAUAAAUGAUCACGACGUAUUGAUAAUGACGCCACAGAUUUUCUUGAAUUCUUUGAGGAAAGGAUAUAUGAGCUUGGAACGACUUCGUUUCAUCGUCCUCGACGAGUGCCACCAAACGACUGGAAAUCACCCGUACGCUUUGAUAAUGAAGGAGUUUUAUCACCAAUCGAAAAGACGACCCAAGGUUUUUGGAAUGACUGCGUUUCCGGAAAAUAAAAAAGAUUCCGAGGAUCGUUUACGGGAGCUUGAAAGCCUAUUGGAUUCGCAGCUCUAUGGGGUCGACAAUACGAUUCAGGUCGAUCACUAUAUUGCUGAGGAAAGGAUGAUAUGCAGAUUUUACGAUCGACCGCAACCUCUUGAUCCCGUGACGAGAGCGGAACUAGAGUCUCUCGAAUUGAAGUUUGAUGCUGUUCUUCUCAACUGCCAAAAUUCAUGCGACGGAGUCGAACAAGAAAAGUGUCAAUCGCUUCGGGAUCGCUUGGCCCGCAAUCAUGAAAAGAUUUUGUUUUGCCUCGAUAAUCUCGGGACCGUAUGCGCUCACGAGGUGGUUAAAGGGCGCAUCGAAAAAGUUUGUGAGGUUCAAAAUGAGUGCAGAGUUUACAACGGUUGUGUCACACAGUAUCGAGCUUAUCUUCGGGAGGUUCUGUCGGUGAUCGAACGAUCUUCAGCGGCUGCUAGGCAACAAUCUUCGAAGCUACAUUCGCUUCUUGAAUAUUUAAAAUCAUUAAGGCGGGAUACAGAGGCUCAUUGCAUCAUAUUCGUCGAAAGAUCGAUGACAGCAAAAGUCAUUGCAAGAGUGGUGAAGAAAAUCCCCGACUUUUCCCAUUUCAACAUAUCCUAUUUGACGGAGAGUAACGAAGCUUCGGCCGUCGGGAUUUCACCAACUUCCGAGAUCGGAGUUUCAGAAUCGUAUUAUGGUAACAAGGCAAGUAUCUUAUUCCGAACCUACGCAUCGAAGAAGCGUGCACAUCCCUUCAAAUGCUCGUCUGUAAUUUGCUUUGAUCUUCCGAAAACGAGUGGUGAAUACAAUCAGUCGAGGCAACGCACGUUCGGAGAGGAUCCUCUGUACAUCACGUUUAUCGAAAGGGGUAACGUGGAGUCGUUAAAUCAGAUAUCGCAUAUCAUUCAGAAAGAGGAUUCGAUGAGCCAUACCGCCGCAGCUGGAGACUUGGGGGAUAGUCGGGUGAAGGACUUGGCUACAGACAUAAAUCUCGAGUAUGUCGUGGAAUCGACCGGAGCAUCCGUCACGAUCGGAUCGAGCAUCAGCCUUGUCCACCGAUACUGCCAAAAACUCGGAGGGAAAACCCAAUCGAUUCAGAUGCCGAAGUUCGAGACAUUGAACGACGGCUGGAUGUUGAGAACUAAGCUAACUCUGCCUCGUAAUGCAGCUUUCGAAACUAUAAUCGGCCCCGAAGCUCACGAAUCUAAAUUAUCGAAACAGCUUGUUUGCUUAGAGGCUUGUAAAAAGUUGCACACGAUGGGGGCUCUCGACGAUCAUCUUGUCCCGUCCAUGAAAGUGCUGCCGAAGAUUAACUCCAAUUCAAUCGUGAAGGGAUUAGCAUCCGCACCAGGAUCGACGAAAAGAAAGGAAUUACAUGGAUCGGUUAGCGUUCGUUUGAUGUCGGGAACGUGGAGGGAUAAACUCGACACGGCCGUUUUUUAUGCGUAUAAAAUGCACUUUGUGUGUAACAUUGCUCAACAGAAGUUUUCGAGUUUCGUACUUUUAUUGGAGACAAAGCUUGACGAUGACGUGGGGAAUGUUGACGUGGAGCUGUAUUUGUUAUCGAAGUUUGUUAAAGCUUCCAUUUUUUACUGCGGUCAAGUGUAUCUGGAUGUCGAAAAGGUGGCGCAGGCGAAAUGCUUCCAAGAACUUUUAUUCAAUGGUUUGUUUGGGAAAAUGUUCGUUAAAUCGUCGGGAGUUCGACAGCUUUUAUUUCAGUCGGAGGAGUCGCUGUGGGAUCCGUCUAACAUGUACUUACUCUUACCGGUGGAGACGACGGAUAAAGCUAGCGAUGGAGAUUUGACGAUCAAUUGGACCGCAAUUCAGUCGUGUGUAUCGACGGUCGAGUUUCUGAAAAAUAAUGCUUUGUUGAAUACUCGGAACGCGAAUGAGGUAGGUUCGAGUCCGUCGAUUAUUCCGAGCGAUUCGGGUGUUGCUGAGCUUAAUGAUAGCCAAGUCAUACACUUGGCCAACCGAUCUGUUCCUCUCGAUGAUUUGAAAGAAAUGGUUGUCGUGGCGAUACACACGGGCAGGAUAUACACUAUUUUGAAAGUUGUUGCUGAUUCAUCUUCCGAGAGCCAGUUUGACGGCGAUGCUACGCGCUAUCCGACUUUUGCAACUUAUUAUCGUGAAAAGUACGGCAUCGCUCUAAAGUACCCCGGACAACCUGUGUUGCUUUUGAAGCAAAGCCACAAUUCGCAUAAUCUUCUCGUGGACUUUCGAGAUGAAGGUAUGUCGCUAAAGACCGAGCCGGGAAGUGUUAAGGGCCAAAAUCGAAAGCCGCAACAACAUGCUCACAUGCCGCCCGAGCUUCUAGUCGGCACGGAUCUCCGAACAGAUAUUUCCAAGUCGAUGUAUUUGCUACCUUCGCUAAUGCACCGGCUUGAGUCCCUUAUGUUGGCCAGCCAACUUAGGGAAGAAAUAUCGCGUCAUGCCGGCCACUUCAACGUAUCGAGCUCGUUGAUUUUGGAAGCUCUCACUACUCAAAGAUGUUGCGAGAAUUUCUCCAUGGAGCGGUUGGAGUUGCUCGGAGAUUCGGUUUUAAAGUAUGCCGUAACUUGCCAUCUGUUUCUCAAGAAUCCCAAGAGUCACGAAGGGCAUUUAUCUUCUCAACGAUCGAGGAUCGUUUGUAAUGCAUCCCUUCAUAAAUUUGGAACGGGUCGAAAGUUGCAGGAAUAUAUUCGAGAUUGUCCUUUUGAUCCGCGCCGAUGGACUGCUCCCGGACAGCUGUCGAUAUGGCCUACUCCGUGCAACCACGAGCUCGACACAAAGGAAGUGCCGUUGGAUGAAAGAUUCUUUAGUGAAGACACGACGUUGACGAUUGGAAAAACUUGUGAUAAGGGUCAUCGAUGGAUGGGGUCGAAGACCAUAUCAGAUUGCGUCGAAGCUCUUCUCGGGGCGUACUUUGUUGGCGGUGGGCUUGUCGCCGCCAUCGGUUUCAUGAAAUGGCUCGGGAUCGAGGGUGAAUUCGACCCCUCGUUGAUUCAUGAUUCGAUAAAGGCUGCGUCGCUGUAUUCAUACGCACCGAAAGCCGAGGAGAUCGCCACUCUAGAGGCGAAACUUGGGUACGAUUUCACAACCAAAGGGUUGUUGCUCGAGGCGAUAACGCACGAGAGCAUAUCUGGACUACAUGUUGGCCAUUCUUACGAGCGGCUCGAGUUUCUCGGUGACGCGGUGCUCGACAUAUUGAUCACGCGGUAUCUGUACGAUAACCACGGGAAUCUUGACCCUGGCGAGUUGACAGACCUGCGGUCCGCGUCUGUAAACAAUGAUAACUUCGCAAUUGUGGCGGUGAGACACAAGUUUCACCCUCACCUUUUGUUCAGUUCCUCGUCGCUCCAAGUCGAGAUCUCUGCUUUUAUCGAAUUGGUGUCACAGCUGAGUGGCAAUGUGUUGGCGCCGGAUACUAAAGGCCCGAAAGUACUUGGGGACUUGGUGGAGAGCAUAGCGGGUGCAGUGCUCGUCGACUCCAAACUCGACUUGGAUCGAGUUUGGAAAGUGUUUGAGCCAAUUCUUUCUCCCAUAGUGACUCCGGACAAGCUCGAACUUCCUCCAUCGCGUGAGCUGAUCGAAUUGUGCGACUCCCUUGGUUACUUUGUCAAACAGCAGUUUACAACGAACGAAGGUGUUGUGCAUGCGGAUCUCAAAUUGCAGCUUGAAGACAGGCUGUUAGAAGGUCAAGGGUCGGGUCCAACGCGAAAAGCGGCGAAGGGAAUGGCAGCACUUCAACUAUUGAAGAAAUUAGAGUCGACAGGAAUAUCCUCGUCUUCGAAGUUGAACAAUGGCGACAAAGAUAAUGCCAGUGGCGAAUCGAUCACUGAACCCUCCAUAUCAGCGCCAAAACAAGAUAAGCCGUUUGAGUUGCAGCCGGAGACAUCAUCUGCAGCAGCCAGUGAUUCUUGCAAGACUAACAUCCCUGUGUUGCCGCCAAUCAACAUGAGGAAAGGCGGGCCACGGACAGCGCUAUAUGACGUCUGCAGGAAAGAGCAGUGGCCAAUGCCUGCUUUCCAAACAACGGAGAAAAGCUUCAGAACUGCGAUCAAGUUAGGCGAUACGAUGGGAUUCAAUAGCUACAAGUCACAAAUCAACUUGGUCAUACCGGGAUUCGACAAAAUUGAAGUUACCGGGGAGGAGAGAGCUGAUAAGAAGAGCUCGUUCGAUUCAGCUGCACUUACAAUGCUGCUCGAACUCGAGAGACGGGGGAAGAUUGCGAUCGGAGUCGCAAAAUGAUGAACUAGCAAGCAAGCAAAGAAGCUUCUUGUGAACAGCAUACACACUUACAUGCUAAUAAAUGUCUUUUGUUA